AACUUCUUCAGGGAGAACAUCCAUAUGGCUGCUCAGAUGAUCAACCCAAUUUUCUUCUUUAUUCUUGUGAUUUUUGUCACAUCCUUUUCAUCAUCACCAUCCCAAAUCAGCGCCGCUGCCGAAGAUUACCAUUCCUUUUGCCAGAAAACAAAUCAGACUCAAAUAUGCAUUCAAGCAAUUGAAGCAUUCACAGGAGAUCCAAAGCUCAAGGCAGAUGUACCCGGCCUUUUACAAAUCCUCAAGGUAAGAGCCCUAGCCUUUCUAACCCAAACCGGAACCAAUUUCGGCGAUGCAAUCCGGUCCAAACCUCCGGCUGAUGUUUUGGGUCGUCUCACACUAUGCCAAACUAAAUUUGAGGAGGCAGCUAAUCAAUACCUAUCGCCCCUAGACUUUAGGGCUAUCACUCCCGAACAGUACAAGAAAUAUAAUGACCAAGUCGGGUUUGCUUUGCUCGACGUUAUUGAUUGUAUAAGCAACUUCAAUAGACCGCCUCCGGUUCAGAAUCCAGCCCGUAUCUUGACACAAGGGACUAAUGAUGCCCUUGUUCUUCUUGUCGAAGGUGUUAAUAUUUAUAAAUGUCAAAAAUAUACUCGUUGCCCAUAAUUAAGCAUAGAAC